CUGUGUUAAGCUACGCUACACUUUACAGAAGUAGCAUGAGUGUUAGAUCUAGAAUCUAGAAAUCAAUAGAUCUACCUGUAAAGCUAAAUAAUACAACUAGACUUAUACAGUUUCAGUACUUGUGAUCUGUUGUUGUGAGUGACACAGUUCAGUCACUCAGCCCUCAACACCUCACACGGCAGAUUCCACCUGGUGUACAGUAGUCAGUUUUGUUACAGUUACACACACAAGCCCCAGUUAGUAAGUAGAAUGUACCAGUACAAAUAUGGGAAAGGACUGAAAAGAGCUUUGAAAGAAGAAUGAUCUCAAGGGAUGCAAGUGCAGAUGGAUUAUUGCCCUUGUAUUGUACAUCUAAGGAUUAUUGCCCUUGUAUUGUACAUACCACAAAAGCUUUCCCGUGAAGCAUUAAUUUGAAUGGAGUAAUGUUAAAACAGCACCAUCUUGCCUUGUGGAUGAUACAAAUAUUUAUGUUGUGUGGAGCAGGAUUGUAUCCUAAGCAAAAGUUUCCCAGCUAUGGAGGAUUGUGGGAGAAAGGAUCAUUUAUAUGAAGCUGUGUCAGCCAGUGGUGUGCUUGUUUAUGUCAUUGAUAACAAGGAGCCAGUGUGUGUGAAGUUUAGCAGUACAGUCCAGGUGAAGGUGUUGUUUGACUGCCAUGAUGAAAAGUGGGAGGAGCCUCAUCAGGUUAAUGGGGACUUUCAGCCAUUUCCUGCAGGUGGUGAUGCAGGCAAUGCUGCAACUAGCCUGGCAGGAGAUGUGGCUGAAGAUUCUAUGCCUGUACAGCCUGAUGGGGAGGGUGGGCACAAGAGUGACCAGGGUUUGUUGCAGGAAGUUGUAAGGAAACCUGGCAGACAACUGAGACAGUUACCUGACAGGAAGAAGGGGAUUAAGAAAACAGAUGUGAAGGUUGAGAACGAAGGGGAUAGUGUGGGAAGUAAAGGACAAUAUCGCGAGAGACUGAGAAGCUCGGGCAAGAGAGUGAAGAAAAUGAAGAGGAAAAUCCCCAUCGAGGCAGCAGAGGAGGAUGUUUGUAAGAUAGAGAGGGAUGAUGAUUACGGUGAUGACGACCAGCAGCCUCCUGUAAAAUCUAGAAAACUUUUGGCAGAGAAAACUGUGAGGUGUGACUACUGUGAGCUGGAGUUCAAAACCCAGCUGGACUUCUACAACCACAGAAGGGCAGCAGAGUCUAAGCAUACUUGUCAGGUGUGUGGGAAGACCAAGCCUUAUGAGGCCUAUCUCAUUGUUCACAUGCAGAAACACAAGACCUCAGACCAUGAGAAUAACGGGGAGUCAAUAACAUCAGGGAAGCAGUCGUCGGGUGCCGGGCGCAACUCUUCUAAGGAUGUGAGGAAGAAGAACAAGAAAGAGAGGAUGAAGUGUGACCUGUGUGGUCUGGUGGUGUCCAGCAUGGACAGCCUGAAGAUCCACACCAUGCUGCACACAGGAGAAUCUGCCUACCGCUGCUGUGUGUGCCAGGAGACCUUUUCCUCCCUGUCCUCCCGCCAGCACCACAUGGACGUCCACGUAUCAGCCCAGCGGUUCAAGUGCAACCCCUGCGGCCAGAGGUUUGUGUCCCGGGCUGACCUGGCCAAGCACCAGCUGACCCAUGAAAUAAAGUGCGCCCUGUGCGGGGAGGUUUUCCCCAACAAGACAAGCCGCACCUGCCACUUUAGGGUCUCUCACCCCAACGACAUCUUGAAGUGCACGCUCUGCUCUAACAUGUUUGCCACGGAGGAGGACCUGAACAAGCAUCUCAUCUACCACAAGAAAGGGAAGAAGGAGCAGUGCCCAGAGUGUGGGGUGGUGGUGUCUAAGCUCAAAGACCACAUGCUGCUGCACAGCCAGCAGGCCCAGGAGAAGCUCUACGUGUGCGACCAGUGCCCCAUGAGGUACCUCAGGAAGUCCAACCUGGACAGGCACAUGAGGACCCACACCGGGGAGAAGCCUUACGCCUGCAACAAAUGCACCAAGCGCUUUCGCAGCAACGGCAUGCUGCGCAAACACCUGCUGACCCACACCCAGGAGAGGCCGUACCAGUGCGAGGUGUGUGGCAAGAGGUGCUCUCUGCGCUCUAACCUCAACAUCCACAUGCGGGUCCACAACACUGACCGCCACUACUCGUGUACACUGUGCUCUCAAGCUUUCAACCAUAAAAACUCCCUGCAUGGGCACAUGAAGAACAAACACUCAAGGGAGCUUACCUUUCACAACCCUCACAGUGGGCUGGCUAUUGAGAGUGGUCCCCCUGCUACACAAGACCAGAUGAUGCUGGGCACUCUUCUAAAGAAAGAUGUGGGUAUGGAGCAGAGAGAGACACACACGGAGCAGGCUGAGGCACAUAUGGAACAUCUGGGCAGGCAUAUAGAACAUAGACACCUAGGUCACUGCGACACACAGUUGGAACAUAUAGACAGACAUGGUCUUGCUGGUGGUCAGAUUGACCACAACAAGCACCUCGAUGACAGACAAAUGGCUCACUUAGACAGACAUGGUGGCCAAGAGAUGGAGCACAUGGACGGCCAUGCAGAUUUUCUAGAGAGACAGCACCGACACCUGGAGCAGAUGGACGCUCCUAUAGAACUAGGACAGCCAUCCAACCCAGAGCAGGAGCAGUACAUGCACCAGGACUACAAUCAGAUGCACUUAGCACUGGGGUACAACUACAACAGCUAAAUCUGUUGGCCUGUACUCUGUUAGCUCCAGGUUUAUGUUACGUUGUGUUUGAGUUUCUGCUCGCGUGGGAUGUUUGGGCUUUCUUUUGUUUCCCAAUCUUGGGGUUUUCUAGAACUAAUCCGUCCCAUCUUAUGAGGAUGUCUAUUUGGGAUAUUGUUUGAGAGGCCAUCCCACCUUGUAUGUUGACUGCAUAUGACUGGAUAAGGAUUGUUUAUCCCUACUACAACCUGUUAUGUUAAUGUAUGGCAUAAAGAUGAUGUUAUUUUAAUGUAUGGCAUGAAGGUGAUUUCAGCCCACUGUUGAUGUAUUGACUGAAUGGACUUGUAUUCUGAGCAAUCCAAUGCAGACUUUGUCAUUUGAUCUUACUUUUAUCAAUUUUGUAUAAUUCUGUUUUGGUUAAACUAGUAAUUGCUGUUGAGAUGAGAAAUUUUUUUUAAAGUAUGGUUUUAACCCUUUAUCUACUGACGGUACUUAUAAGUACCACUUUAAUUAAAUGCCUGUAUUAUUUUUAAUUUAAUACGAAUUUUAAAAAUUAUUGAAGUAAUUAAUAGUAUUAUCUCCCCUGAGUCGCCGGUAGUAUGAGGUAUCAAUGUUUUUUGAAAAUUACUGGUGUGGCGCCAUUUUCAGUGUCUUGCUAUAUCGGUAGUUCACAAUUUUUCUGUACAUUUCUCACAUACGUUCUUGAUUUCCCUUUGUUUUACCUUAUUUUUCAAGUUUUCAACCCCAAAUAUUUUUUAUUGGCAACUUCAAUAGUCAGGCAAACGCAUUUAACUUCUAGUUAUACAAUUUUGAUCAAAUUGUCUUUGUAUUAGAUCGAUGUUUACAAGUGGACUUAUAAGUACCGUCAGGGCACACGGUCAUUUUUUUUAGGAUUUUUAGAAAAUGGCAGAUUUAUUUAUGUGGAGUUACAUAAAUAUUGUCUUGAUAAUUAAUUAUCGAAAUGUACUCAAAAAAUGGUAAUUACACAUUUAUAAGAAGUUUAGCAUAUGGUUUACCUAAGAAAUAUUGUAAUUACAUGUUAAUUUCUAGUAGUAAAAAAAUAACAAGAAUAAAGAUAUCAGUUGCAGGCUCGUUUACAAGGUUUAGUUUACUUCAUUUGUAUACCAAAGCCUAGUUCUAGUUGUAAGAUUUAAUUUGUUAGUUAUAUUUACUGCACUAAACUGUCUUGCCUACAACAACUAGCAUUUACGUAAUGUAUACAUGUAGGCUAGUAAUAGUCCAUACUUCUGCAUAUAGUAUAGAUCUAUAUGGUAAAUUUUAAUCAGUAAACAGAAAGGAGUAGGCCACUACGGCUAUCCUAAACACAUUGAGCUCACUUCUAUUUAUGAACUUUACACUGUAGUGUAGACUUGUCAUAAUAUUCUAGUAGGCUAUAAUUAUACUAGUAUUACUUGUAGUUGCGUGCUGAAUGACUAGGCUUUUGUUUGUUAAUGCGGCUCAUUGUACUAGCUAUUGGAAGCUUCCAGCAAAAUCAUGUUCAUUCCGGCAACCUUUGCUACACCAGAAAGACCACAGACAAGAUUGAGGGUGACAUGUCGACUAUUUUUGCUGUGUUUGAGGUCUAAGAUGUGUUCCGAUAGAAAAUCCAGUAAAAAUUGUACUCAAAAUAUUCUUUUGUGCUGUAUUUAUGUGUGAAAAUUACAAAAAGUGAUUGUUAUAAUGAUUGCCAUGUUAUUAGUUAAUAAAUUGUAUCGUUUGUUCCUGUUUUGUAAAAAAAAAAAUUUUGAAAAAAAAAAUGUCCUAGUUUACUGACGGUACUUAUAAGUACCAAUAUCUGUUUGGGCCAUUAAAAAUUUAUGAAACGAAAUUUCCUUCGAGAUAUGCUUUGAAUGUGCCAAAAGCAAUAUAGUAACACAUUGUUUAAGUAAAAAUCUCAUUCAGAACAUAAUUCCGUAAAUAAAGGGUUAAGAUGAAAUCAAAAUUAAUUUCUUGAUUCCCACACUAGUAAUGUUUGGCAUAAGCGUGUAUUGAAACAACUAAACUGUUGUAAUGGUCAAUGUAUGAUCUCAAGUUGUUAGGUCAGGCAGGUCAAUGUGUUGUGACAUGCUGUUGGACGGAGGUGGUCAGUUUAACAUAUCUUUGUGUAUGAGCCAUGUAUAUCAUGAACAUUUCUCCUUGUGUGUGUUAAUUAAUGUAGAGGAAAACCUCACUGUGACUUGUGUAUGUUACUACUUGAAUUAUACAAAUACAUCUGUAUUUUAU